UUUGAGGGCACGCCUGUCAUCCCACCACUCCGACCCCUCAACUCUCCGUCCUCUCCAACUGACUUCUGUGUUGUCCAGAGAUGCUGCACACGAAGAAAACCGUGCAGUCUUUCAGCAGUCAAUCCUCAGCGAGUGUGAGGAGCAACAGGCGGACCCCCCUCGCCCGUUCAGGGAUGGUUUCGAGGGAAGGUUGGGGCUCCAGUCCUGUUCUCUGCCCUCCAAUUACAGCUGUAAAGGUCAAUGAAAGUCUUCUGGCACCUCUGAACCUGGGGAUUGACCCAAACAUCCAGGCCAUUAGGACUGACGAGAAAGAGCAAAUCAAGACGCUCAACAACCGUUUUGCUUCAUUUAUUGACAAAGUGCGCUUCCUGGAACAGCAGAACAAGAUGCUGGAGACUAAGUGGAGUCUCCUACAGGAACAGACCAGCCGCCAAUCCAGCAUUGAUCGUAUGUUUGAGGGCUACAUUGCUAACCUGCGCAGACAGCUGGAUGGUAUGGCUAAUGAGAAGCUGCGUCUGGAGUCUGGGCUGCAGGACAUGACCAGCCUGGUAGAAAGCUUCAAGACCAAGUAUGAAGAUGAAAUUAACAAACGGAAUGAUUCUGACAAUGAAUUUGUGCUGCUUAAAAAGGAUGCUGAUGAUGCAUACCUGAAUAAAGUGGAGUUGGAAAGCAAAUUGGAUAGCCUAACAAAUCAGAUCAACUUCCUUUGGCAGAUUUAUGAGGCGGAAUUGCAUGAGCUCCAGUCUCAGAUCAAGGACACGUCAGUUGUUGUAGAGAUGGAUAACAGCAGAAACCUGGACAUGGACUCCAUUGUGGCUGAAGUUCGUGCUCAGUAUGAGGACAUUGCCAGCCGCACUCGUGCUGAAGCAGAGAGCUGGUAUCAACAGAAGUAUGAAGAAAUGCAGUUGACGGCAACCAAACAUGGGGACGACCUGAAAAGCACAAAGGCUGAAAUCGCUGAAUACAACCGAAUGAUUGCACGUAUACACUCUGAGAUGGAACUUAUAAAGGGACAGCAUUCAAACUAUGAGGUGCAGAUCAAAGAGGCUGAAGAACGUGGUGAACUAGCUGUGAAAGAUGCAAAACUCCGUCUGCAGGAGCUGGAAGCAGCUCUUCUGAGAGCUAAACAGGAUAUGGCUCGACAGGUGCGCGAAUACCAAUCAUUGAUGAACAUCAAACUGGCUCUGGACAUUGAGAUCGCCACCUAUCGAAAACUCCUGGAAGGAGAGGAGAGCAGAAUGUAUGGUUCAUUCCAGACUUUCUCCGUCUCUAAACCAAACUCUUUGAACUAUGACUUUGAAAGCAGUCAAUUCUCAUCCCAAAGUGCUGGGAAAGAUGUUCAUAACACAGGCCUGGUUAAGAAGGAGGUCACUAUUGCUAAGGGUGACAGCGCUAGCAGCUUCGACAGCAGCACUACCACUGUUACCAAAAGCACAAAGACCACCAUCAUCACCAGUGAGAACAAAAUUGCAGCUAUAGAGGGAAGAAUGCAAGUGAUGGAUAUGUCUGCAGGCAAACUAGAGGAGGAUGUUUUUGAAUGAAGGAAGAACAGAUGAUUGUCGCGUGUACCCAGGAUCAGAUUUUUAUAGGUUUGCCUCCACCCCCUCCCCUGGGCUCCAUUAGCAUGUCGAGUUUAGCAUCUGUUUCUAAGGUGUGGCAGAUCAAAAUGAAUUUCAGUUUUACAGUAUAUCAUAUUAGAUAUGUUGUAUAUUUUUAAGGCCCUACGACAAACUAAUAUAUUCUCUUAUUUCAAAUUUGCUCCAUAUAACUAAAAAUGACUUAAUAUUUGUCACUGUAAGCACAUUAAAACAAUUGGAAAAACAUCCUUUGUGCACUUUUCUGAUUACGAUUAUGGCCUGUAUUCAAAUAAAGUGAAUGGAGCAAAAAAUAAAUAGGCCUAAGUACAUUUUCGACCAUGAGUUUUGAAGUCUUUAUGCUUUAUUUUAUGUACUCUAGUCAUAACACUGAUGCAGCAAAAAAAUAGACUUUUGUUCCAAAUAUGAAGAAAAUGUACUCACAUAUAAUAUAUGACUUUAUAUGGUCUGCUUGAUUGCACAGUGAUUGUGACAUUCCUGAAUUGACAUCUUUGUUGAUCUUGGAACAACAUUCUAAUCAAUCAUUCUGAUUUGAGAGACAAGUUUACAGUUCAUGUCAAGUUUAGGCUUACAGCCAGGGUUUGUUGUUUCUACAUUAGUGUUAUUCACCUAUCAUUUCAUGGGUAAAGGUGUUUUGGAGUAGGAUUUGGUUUAUGACAGGAAUUUUGUUCCAGAAUCAACAAAAUAUGUUGAUCCAGUAACAUGUCUUGGCAAAACCUGGCGACACCUUGGCAGUCAGUUAUGAAGUAGGCUAAAAUACAAAUGAAGUGGUCAAGAUUGUAUCUAUCCCUUCAAUUGAUUUCUCUAUAGGAAACACCUAUGAUGCAACGCAAUAAAACUAAUUUCUUUGAGCUUUCA